AGCGGAAUUGUUUCUUUAGUAUCAUAUUGCAUGUUUAUUGUUCUCUGGCUAAACACUCUUGUAACGAGCAAGAGACAGCUAUACCUGACAUGGAGUUAGUCUCUUAAUACAAAUCUUAUUAUUUGUUCUAAAUAUUCCCGCGAAAAAAUUCUAUGCUUUUUGUUCAACAUUUACAACCGUUUUCUGGUAUAAUUAUUAUUCAAACAGUUUAUCAAGUAGUAAAAAUAAUAACAACAUAAGUUACUAAGUGGAUGGUAUAUUUGUAGUUUUAAAAUAAUUUCACACACUGUCAGACCUUUUGAUAUAAAUUGCAAAUAAGCCAAAAGUUGAAAAACUUAUGAAAUAGUGUCAAGCUACAGAAUCAAAAAUAUCCAAAUUCACCUUUCCCUCAUCAUACAAUUGUGCUUUUAUAGUAUUUCACUGUUGCAUUUUGGAUGCAUUUUUAUGUUAUGUGACAACAGACCACAUCUGAGAUAAAACAAAUAGAGGACUAGUAAUUAAGGUAUUUGGAUUAAAAACAAAACAAACUACAUAUUGAUAGCUAUAUUUCAGCUGCAAAAACAUCUUAAUUUUAUAUAACCAAAUACAAAUACUUGUACAUUGUGCAAGAGAUUUUGAGCAGCUACAAAAACAUUUUUACAGUGAACAAAAAUUCAGACCAGACUACAAUGUUUGUAUAUUUUAGCUAGACAUUUUCAUUUUAGAUGGUUAAAUAGCUUCUAUUUCUUUCUCUCUCUAAUACACACAAAUGAUUUUUACAACUAAUUUUGCAGUGACUUGGACAGGUGAGGUGAGACACUUCAAGACAAAAUAUUAGAAAAGCUCUAUACAUGGAUCUCCCACCUCAAAGGCAUCCUGGAAGUCACAGCGGUCAAAUUCUUCGUCGGAGAAUGCAGCGUUUUUUGCCAUUUUCUGAUCGCCGCACGUCAAAAGUGUGGAACCACUACACACAGUUAAGUCUGUAUCGUGUUGAGUGCAACCACUGUAAAAGGCAGCUUUCCUUUCACAACAGCACUACUUCCAUGAGAGAACACUUAGGACGCAAACACAGCAUUCGGGAAGGAGCAGUUCCCCCUCACAACACAGCAGGCAUCCCCACUCCUGCAGCUUUGCAUUCUCACAUUCAGACCUCUUUACAUGGUAACAGAUGUAACACCACAGGUAAUGUUCCAUUUCAACCAGUGCUACCUGUUACUGUCAAAGAGGAGCAGGAAGAAAUACUGCCAACUGAAAUGGCAGAGACCAAACCUGCCCGGACAGCAUAUGCCCCUGAUUGUGCUGCAGGAAGCGGUGCUUCCGGUUCAAAUGCCAUUGUGCACCAAGAAACAGAUUUGGGCUGCCUAAUGUAUAAUUUUCCUGCAGGGGAAAUGAGCAGCACUGCUGCAGGCAGCAGCAUCCGCAGUGGCACAAGGGCCUGCAGUGACAAGCGAGCAGAGGUAUUGACCGAUCUUAUCUUGGAAAUGGUCUUCAGAGACCUUCAGCCGUUGUCUGUGGUGGAAGAAAGGGGGUUCAAGCUCUUACUGAGUUGCCUAGAGCCUAACUACCCUGUGCCUUCUCCAUCUCUGCUUGGCAGUCUACUUUGGCAUCGCUACCACAACCUCAAGCAAUGCCUUCAGCAGCAUCUACAGACAAGUCUAGCUUCUCACUGUCUGACCCUCUGCACCGAAUACUGGCGAUCCGUAGAUGGGUGUGGGGUUGAUGGGGACGGUCAGUACUACCUUACAGUCAGUGCGCAUUUUGUUGACUCUCAAUGGCGCCUGGCUCAUUGUGUGCUCGAGACCCGACCGAUAGCAGAAUUCAAAGGAAGCCCUUCUGAGAAAGGGCAAGCAAGCUUUGCGGACACCUUGAGAGCAGUCCUCUCCGAGUUCCAGCUUCCAGAGGACUUCGUUUUCUGUGUCGUGCAUGACACCCCCAGUGGAUCUGAGUCCAGAGGGCAGGACAAUAUGGCCAUUGAUCAGGAAUAUCAGCAAGAAUUUGCUGGACCCAGCCAUCCUCCUCCGGGUAAUCUUCCAGAGGGAUGGGCACCACUGCUUUGUGCAGGACAAGCCCUGAAACUCUGUGUCCAGGAAGGACUUUGUGUGGAGACUGUCAGACAAGCUCUGGCAGAUGCUCGUGCCAUCGUCCUACAUUUCCAGCACGAUGUGAAUGCUUCUACAGCACUGAGCCAGAAAGCAGAGGCUGUUAAUAAAGAGUCCGCAUCCCUGGUAUUAAACGAUCCAGGGCGCUGGACCACUGCCAUUGAGAUGUGCGAGAGUCUGCUGGAGCUCAAGUGGGUAAUAAGCUCUGUCCUAGAGGAGCAAAAAGUAGCAGCAAAUCUGGCAGAUCACCAGUGGCGUCUUGUACAUGAACUGGUUCCCGUGCUCAAAACGGUUCGCAUUGCAGCAUCGUUUUUGAGCGAGGACAUCAAUGGACCCAUUUCAGCCCUUAUGCCAUGCCUGCAAGGAGUGUCUCGGCUCCUGGGACAGAAAAUUGCAGAGUGCACCUGUCCAGUGGUUAGGGGAGUUAUGGAGAGAAUUCGUGCUGGUAUGGACAAACACUGGAGUCUGAGUGAUGAAGAUGCUCUUUUGGACUGCCCUGCUGUAUUUUCCUCAUUUCUGGACCCGCGUUUUAAAGAGUUGCGGUUUCUCAGCCCACAUGCUCGCAGCAAGUUGCACGACAAAGUGAAAGAGCUGCUGUCUGUUCAAGCUUUCACAAGUAAUGAAGGAAUGAAUGCAGAGAGGAGACAAAGCAUGGUAAUGGAAGAGCCUGUGGAUGAACGUGGAGAACCUGCAGAUUUUGGAUUGGAUGAUUCCUUGCCAAUUCCUGCAAUGGCUUCUUUAGAUUCUCCAGAAUCGGUUGGAUCGGCGGAGGAAGGUGACAGCGUUGAGCUGCAGCCGAGUGAGCCCUCUGUUGCCGUAUCGUCUCCAGAACAGGUCAAUGAAAACACGCUUGAGGUUGGAUCACCUUUCAAGAAUGCCAAUAACCGUAAAAGACGUUCUAGUGGGACCAGUAUGACCUCGCCACUGAGAGGAGAUUUACAACUUGAGCCUCGUAUACGGAUGAGUCCUCUCCCGCAGAGCAUGUACGAUAUUCUUCUGGGCGAGGAUCCUACUGAGCGAAUGCCAGAGAUUCACCAGCAGCUGGAGAAUUACAUCGCAGAGCCACUUUGCCGAAGGAGUCUCUCGCCCCUGCAAUGGUGGCGCAACAAGGAGCAUCGCUUUCCUGCUGUGGCCAGACUGGCACGGAAAUACUUGUCCAUACCUGCAACUUCUGUGUCCGCCAAUCGGGUCUUUGCCCCUAGGGAGUCCCCAGUGACCCAACGAAGGGCCACACUGGGGUCUAAACACCUUGACCACAUUUUGUUUCUUCAUCAAAACACUGACUAUGUGGAUCUGCUGAAAGGUGGCUCCUCUGCACGUGAUAUUGAGCAGUGGAACAGUGUCAGUGGAAACCAAAGCAGAGAAAGUCUUUACCAGACUCUAGUGUCCUAUGAAAGUAAGGUUCGUGUGUCUGAGGAAGAGUCAUGAUCACUGUUUAUGUACAUAUGUACAAAAUCACGUUAAAGGGACAGUUCACCCAAAAAUAUAAACUCUGUCAUCAUUUACCCUCAAUUUACUCACCCUAUAGAAAAAAUACUAUGGAAGUCAAUGGGGACCACAA